GAUGGAAUGAUGAUGACAGAGUUUGAACUGCAAAAAAGGCCAUGUGGUUGAGGUUGUAGAGGUAAAGGGAAUGUCCAGGUGCAAGCAAAUGAACAGGUGGUUGGAUGUAAAUUUUAGUAGGCCACACAUUAUUUUAGCUGGUUUCUCAAUGCUUGCCAAAGCAAGUGAGAGCAAAGAACUGCUUACAGAAAGUGAACUUCAAUACAUGUUUAUGAACUUGGGUCAUUUUCAAGUGUGGGCUUAAUGGAGAUUCAGAUAAAAAAGGUUUUCAGGAGUCUCUAUAGUCAUUAAUACUGACUGAAUCUUUGUGAUGGAAAGGGGUAAGGGUAAUGAGAUGGCUACGUGAAUAAAGGAGCUUAUUUCAAGCCUGAGUUCCUGAAUUCAGUGUGUGUAUACAAAUAAAAAAGACAAAAAUUUUUUAAAGAAAAUGAGUGGACUGAGGGACCUGAGUUUAGGGUAGACAAUGAGAGAUAAUGGUAAAGCGUGCUUUGGGAUAAGAAACUUUUCUAUGCUAUUCCCUUAAUCUGUGGUAGUGCUAGGUGUAAACGAGUUACCCUCAAGAGAUGAUGAUGGCUGUGGCCAAAGAGGAGACCGGAAAAACUCCAAAGUGAAGAAAAACAACCAAAAUCAUAACGAAAAACGUUUACUUGACUCGUACUCUCAACAAGUCACUGAAACCUUCCCACGAUCUUAUGAAGUCCGUACCGUGAUUCCAUACAACAGAUAAAGUCGAGGCACAGAGUUGACAACACACCUCUAAGUUCACACUGUGAACGGGCUGGGCCAGCAGCCGGAGAACCCUAGCUCCACUACCUACCCUGCCCACCCCGUUAGAGCUUUCUAGGGCCACCUUGCGCCGCUUCCUUCCAGCUAGAUACACGCAAGUUUGAAGUACGUGUUCUUCCUGGAGAAGGGAGGGAACUGCAGAGCACCCGGUCCCCACUGCAGGCCAGCAGCCGAAGCUGCAGGUUACAGGACCAGCCAUAGCCGGCCUCCACCAGCCACAGACAACCCAGAAUUCCAUGGGGAAGCUGCUUCCGGCGGUACCGGAAGCACGACGGGGACCUCACGGAAGGGACGGACUGAAUGACCCACAAUUCUCCUGGGUCCGGAGGGCGACCUCGCCUGGGAGUUGAGUGAGUGGGGUCUCUGCGCUAGGGUGGUCGCGAGUGCCAGUGUCACUUGCCGCGGCUUCGGAGUCCACGAGCGCUCAGGUGCGCUCCCCAGAGGCCCGCGUGGCAGCGGCGGUGUUUGAUUUUUCACAACGAUUUUUUUUUUCCUUUCCAAAUCCUCUUACUGGUCUAUUCAGACAUUUCCGUUAAUGCAGCUACGCUUUUGCAGCAUUCGCACGCCCUCUCCGCUAUGGGAAUUGUCAGCCUGAGUUCUCGGUUGCCGCUAACCUUAUGGAAGUAGUAAUGACCCCUUCUUGAGUCCACUGUCCUCUGUAAAGUGAGAGGCGUUGGGAUAUUUAACAACCAAGAUUUCUUCCCAGAACUCAGGAAAAUGAGACUCAUAGGACAAGAGUGACUGGUCUGUAAGAGGUGUCAAGUCAAGGCCUUUUGUUACUGCAUCAGGAGAAAUAUGAACCAGAAGCUACUGAAGUUGGAAAACUUGCUACGAUUUCAUACUAUUUGUAGGCAGGUGCACAGCCCAAGUCAAAGAAGACUCUUAGCAUGGUGUAGACAUGGGUUUGCACCGGCUUCCUCAGUGUGGAGAGAUCUGCUGGGUGCCCGGUCCUGGCAGACAGACAUGCUCAUUGGUUCAGCUUUGCAUCAGCACAGACUUCUUGUAACAAAGAAGGUUGUUGCAGAUUUAUAGCUCCUACAUUCCUUAAUCUGAAGUCCAAGUUUAUAGAACUAUGUAGAGAAAACUUCUUUGAGUAUUUUGUCCUUUACAGAAUACUGUGUAAGCCUGUGAUCUACACAUAUCUGUGUGAGAACAGGAAGUUUUGUGGUUAUUGUUUUCUAGUUGAAAAACUUACAAGAGAGUUUGCUGAUAGGAAUAGCUAUAAUCGUGGUACAUAUUACAAAAUGACCUAAUUUGUUUCCUAAAUUGUUCUUACUUCAACCAGGAGUUGAGACUCACACCUUUAGUCCCAGCGCUGGGGAGGUAGAAGCAGGCAAAUUUCUGAGUUCAAGGCCAGGCCAGCCAGGGCUACGUGGAGAAACCCUGCUCGGGGCAUAUUUUUCCCUUCUUUCUCACUUAUAUGUUCUGUCCUUUUAAUAGGAAAAAAGACCACCAAGAUCUCAGUUGUCUCCAGUAAAAACUAAAAAAGAGGUAGAAGUAUGGGUUGGAAUGACUGUUGAAGAUCUAGCCAGUGCCAUGGCAAAAGAUAUAGGUGAGCCUGAUUAGUUCACAAGGAAAAACCCUGGGCCUUUAAAGGCUUAGGAUUUUACUUGAAGUGAAAACAUUAACCCAUUCUAGAUUGUGUAUACGAAGCUUUAUUGAACACUGCCAUUGACGUAGAUUCAUUAGAAGCAAACUCACAUUUAGAUGAAGUCUGGAUCAAAGAAGUUAUAAAGAAGGCAGGAAUGAAGCUGAAAUGGAGCAAAUUAAAACAGGAAAGAAUUAGAGAAAAUAAAGAUGCUGUGAGAAGGCCUGGGACAGAUCCAGCUUUAUUAAAACCAAGGUCCCCAGUUGUUACUGUAAUGGGCCAUGUUGAUCAUGGGAAAACGACCUUACUUGACAAACUUCGAGAAACUCAAGUUGCAGCGAUGGAAGUCGGAGGCAUCACUCAACACAUUGGUGCUUUUCUUGUCUCUCUGCCUUCUGGAGAAAAGAUAACUUUUCUUGAUACUCCUGGACAUGCUGCCUUCUCAGCAAUGAGAGCCAGAGGAGCUCAGGUCACCGACAUUGUUGUGUUGGUUGUAGCUGCAGAUGAUGGGGUAAUGAAACAAACUGUGGAAUCCAUUCAGCAUGCAAAAGAUGCAGAAGUUCCUAUUAUCCUUGCAAUCAAUAAGUGCGACAAGACAGAUGCUGAUCCUGAAAAGGUGAAAAAAGAGCUCCUAGCUUACGAUGUGGUGUGUGAAGAGUAUGGUGGUGAUGUUCAAGCAGUGCACGUCUCUGCACUUACGGGCGAUAACCUGAUGGCUUUGGCAGAAGCAACAAUUGCUCUCGCAGAAAUCUUGGAACUGAAAGCAGAUCCCACCGGUCCAGUGGAAGGAACAGUAAUAGAGUCUUUCACAGACAAAGGAAGAGGUCCUGUUACAACAGCUAUAAUUCAAAGAGGAACUCUGAGAAAAGGCUCAAUUCUAGUUGCUGGGAAGAGUUGGGCAAAAGUUCGACUAAUAUUUGAUGAAAAUGGAAAAAUACUUAAUGAGGCCUAUCCCAGCAUGCCAGUGGGAAUCAUAGGCUGGAGAGACCUUCCUUCUGCAGGAGAUGAAAUUCUUGAAGUAGAAUCUGAGCCAAGGGCCCGUGAAGUUAUUGAAUGGAGGAAGUCUGAGCAAAAAGAAGAAAAAGGCAAAGAUGACCUGAAAAUAAUGGAAGAAAAGCGAAGGGAACACCAAGAAGCGCAUCGGAAAGCCCGUGAGAAGUAUGGCAGUCUGCACUGGAAAGAGAGAUCAUAUAUAAAGUUCCUUGAAAGGAAACAACAGAGACCCUUAAAGCCCAAAGAAAAGGUAGAAAGGCAAUCAAAUGUACUUCCUAUAAUUAUUAAAGGUGACGUUGAUGGGUCUGUGGAGGCCAUCUUGAACCUUCUGGAUACCUACGAUGCUUCCCACGAAUGUGAACUCGAAUUAGUACAUUUUGGAUUGGGUGACAUCAGUGAAAAUGAUGUUACCUUUGCUGAGACAUUUGAUGGUGUUAUUUAUGGUUUUAAUGUGGAGGCAGGCAGUGCUAUUCAGCAGUCAGCUGCACAAAAGGGAGUUAAGAUUAAACUUCACAAAAUCAUCUACCAUCUUAUUGAAGAUUUGCAGGAGGAACUAAGCAGCAGAUUGCCCCACACACUGGAGGAGUACCCAAUAGGUGAGGCUUCUAUACUAGCUACCUUCACUGUAACAGAAGGGAAGAAAAAAAUUCCUGUUGCUGGCUGCAGAGUUCAAAAGGGACAAUUAGAAAGACAUAAGAAGUUUAAAUUAAUCCGAAACGGCCAAGUUAUUUGGAAGGGAUCAUUAACCUCUCUGAAACACCAUAAAGAUGACAUUUCAGUUAUAAAAACUGGUAUGGACUGUGGUCUUAGUUUAGAUGAAGAAAAAGUCGAAUUCAAACCGGGAGAUCAAGUCAUUUGUUAUGAAGAAAAUAAAGUUCCAACUAAGACUUCCUGGGAUCCAGGAUUUUAAAAGCACAUUAAAAAUGGUAAAUGGGAA